UAGGCCUCUAGCCACAGCAACCUCACUACUCAUUUCCCCUGGAACUGAGGCCAUAUACCUGGGCUCUCCACAGAGGGAGAUGAUGCAGGGAGGGGAAUCCCACCUGGUAUGAGUCACCUGCUAAUGUAGGGCGGGCCUUAAAAUGCAGGGACCUUAAAAAGAGACUCAGAGACAAAGAGAAAAACAAGAAGCAGCACAGAACAGAGAGAACAACAGAGAGAACGAGAACCAGAGAAUCAGGCUCAGAGCAAAGGGAAGUAGGCAGAGAUUCCACAAGAACUGGUGCAGGUCGCAGAAGCAGCCAGAUUUAAGAAACAGGCAACAAGAUGCUGGGGAGCAGAGCUGUGGUGCUGCUAUUGCUGCUUCCCUGGACUGCUCAGGGCCGGGCUGUGCCUGGGAGCAGCAACCCUGCCUGGGAUCAGUGUCAGCAGCUUUCACAGAAGCUCUGCUUGCUGGUCUGGAAUGCACAUCCGUCAGUGGGACAUAUGGAUCUACUAAGAGAAGAGGGAGAUGAGGAAACUACAAAUGAUGUUCCCCAUAUCCAGUGUGAGGAUGGCUGUGAUCCCCAAGGACUCAGGGACAACAGUCAGUUCUGCUUGCAAAGGAUCCACCAGGGUCUGAUUUUUUAUGAGAAGCUGCUGGGCUCAGACAUUUUCACAGGGGAACCUUCUCUACUCCCUGAUGGCCCCGUGGGCCAGCUUCAUGCCUCCCUAGUGGGCCUCAGCCAACUCCUGCAGCCUGAGGGUCAGUCCUGGGAGAUUCAAGAGACUCCCAGCCCUACUCCAAGCCAGCCAUGGCAGCGCCUCCUUCUCCGCUUCAAGAUCCUUCGCAGCCUCCAGUCCUUUGUAGCUGUAGCUGCCCGGGUCUUUGCCCAUGGAGCAGCAACCCUGAGCCCCUAAAGCCAACAGCUUAAAGAUGACACCCACAUCUCCAAGGUUCAGCAAUGACAAGAUGCAUCUAUCAGCCCAGACAGCUAAGAGCCACGUUAAUUAGUCCAUUAAUUCUAAAAGAUUUGCAUGUUGAAAAAU